AUGUUGACGGCCCACGCCCGAGCUGGAAACGUGAAAGAGGCGAGACUUUGCUUCGAAAGAAUGCCGCACCGCGACGUGGUCUCGUGGAAUUCCAUGAUCCAGGCCUACGCCCAGAACGACUGCGUAGACGAAGCACUGGACUUGUUUGCGAAAACACCCGAGCCGGACCUUAAAGCCAUGCAAGUCUUCUCGAGCAUUCCGGACAAGAAGGACGUGGUUGUGUGGACGGCUAUGGUGGCGGCGUAUGCCAACAACGGAGACAUGGCAGGAGCUCGAACGGUGCUGGACAGGAUACCUUGCCGAGACGUCCCGGCUUGGAAUGCUGCGAUCACGGGCUAUGCCCUCAGCGGGUAUCCCAGGCAAGCACUGGAUCUCUUUGCCACAAUAGACGUGGAAGGACUGAGAGGAAGCGAGGUAACUUAUAUCGAGGUCUUAGAUGCGUGCGGCAAACAUGUCCUCUAUCCGACACGGGACAGAGAUUCACGAAGGCUUGGCUGCUGGCUGCUCGGACAACGCAAACUCGAUCAAAGUUGGCAAUGCGUUGCUGAGCAUAACGGCCACAACCCCGAGGCGGUGGAGCUGUUUCGAGUGAUGAAUGUGGAGGGCGUGGAGCCGGACGAAAUCACGUUUGUGAGCUUGCUGUCGGCGUGCAGCCAUGGCUGGAAACAGCGAGGUGGAGCUUUAAGUCGCACCAACGAGACUACCAGGGAGUUGACUCGGCUCCCACGCACUACAUGUGUGUGA